AUCUCAGACCCAACUAAGCGGAAAACAGUUGACAGAGAAAGUUCAGCUACGCUAAAAACGUGGCUAGCUAGCCAUGGGAAAAACCCAUAUCCCUCGAAACACGAAAAGAUAGCUCUAGCUAUAGCUACAAAGAUGUCGCUAACGCAAAUUUCGACUUGGUUCGCUAAUGCUAGGCGCAGACUCAAAAAAGAA